UGGGAUGGCUGGAUAGUUGGAUCACCUUGCAUCGUCUCGAGUGCAGGCAGUCCAUACAUCUAUGUGCUUGUAAAUCUGUAUAUAUGUGAAUAUGUGAAUGUAUGCUGAUUACUGGUCCCUGUCGAUAUCUACCAUCACCACCAAAGCUCCUCGCUCACAGCAUCAUUCACACCAUUCACCAUUCAUCUCACGCCUUCAUAACAACAACCCGUGCCUCAUCACCGCUUAUGAGCCCAUCCAUUCGUACCUGUAAUGACAACAAACAACUGUCCCCCCUUCUCCGCACCCGUGUCACCCUACCCUACGUAGCCAUGCCCUUACCCCGCUCUCUUCUCACCCCGUCAUCACCAUCAUCACCAACCCCAAUCACCUCCAUCUCACCACCACCUCUUGGCCUCCGCGUCCUAAACCCACCGUGCCAUCGUGACCGACUGUAGCAUGACGUAUCUUCCUUCCCCAGAUCCCAGGCUAACGCGGCGUCCGCAUGGGCGAACCUUGUCGGUCAAGUGAUGAUGGACAGGCACG